AAGUCUGAUCAUGAAGCUCCAGAAGUGUGGAAUAUAUUUAAGGACAGUUAUCAGAUCAGAAUCAAGACAGUUAUUUAUGAUUGAAUAUAAAUGUGCAAACACUCUUCUUUAUUGACAUUGAUGGUUCAUCCACUGAAUCUUUCCAUUCCUCUAAAGGUUCUUCAGAUUAAACUCUUCUUUAUUUUUAAGAAAGAUGUGACGUUUGAGUGUUUGAGUGCUCUGAUCCGAAACUGCUGCAAACUGUCAAUCUUAAAUGAUUUCAGAUCACAGAACUGAAUCUGCCGACAGUCUUGUUCUGUUCAGACGCUGUUAAGUGAGGUAUCUGUGAAGUUUGAUGACUGCAGCAAUCAUCGCUCGUGUUUGAGUGUCCAUCUACUCAUAUAAAAAUACAUGUGCGGAAAUGAGCCGGUGUACAGUACUGACUGAGCAGUGCUUACAGGUCAUGUGUCUCUCACAGAUUUAAGUGUUGAUGGAUCAAAAAAAAAAACUCAAAUCACUGCAGGAGUGAAAUAUGUGAGAAAUCACUUCACUGGAAAAUCAUUUCACAUUUUCAUAUAAAGCUGGAGAAUGAUGCAUGCGAACGGAUUCGGCUCUGAUCGUCUCUCGACUCGGAGCAGGAACAAUCGAUGGAGAUGCACUGCAAAAAUUAUGUUUUUCCUCAGUAUUUUUCUAUUUAAGUCUAUAAACAUUCUUAAAUCAUUGUAAAUACAUUUACUGGAGAAGCAAAAUGACUUCAGAGCUUAAAACAUGAACAAAUAUCUGCCAUUAGGGUCAGAAAAAUGAACUUUGAAUUGAAUUAAGUGUUUCAGACAGAUAUUUGUUCUUGUUUUAAGCUCUUCAGUCAUUUCUAUUUUCCAGUAAAUGUAUUUUGAUUUAAGAAUGUUUAGAUAUUUGUGCUGGAAAACAAGACUGAGGAAGACUGUUUUUGUCAUGUACAGUAUAUUACACUUGAAUGAAUCACAUUUGUUGAUCACAAAUGCUAAAAUACUGAUGUUUCUGUUCUAUCACUGUUUGGCCUUCGAGCAAAACAACUAAACCAUGCUCAGAUUUAGUUAAAAGGUGUUUCCGGCGAGAAUAAAAACAGCGUGUUUGUCACUGAGAUACUCUUUCCAGUGUAAACGGCUCCAUUUAUAAUCCUUUCAACUUAAAGUGUGUGUGCGCUGUUUAGUCAACUUGAAAUGUGAAGUUGCAUUAAGUGACCACAACAAGUUAUAUAAUAAUGUUAAGUUGUGGUAGAUAAAUGCAACAGCAAUUAAUAAUAAUAAUUAAGUCAAGCAUCGUGUAAACACUUAAAGCAAAGCAAACUGAACCUACUAUAAUCGAUGUUGUCUACACUGGAUGGGUUAGGGUUAAAAUCACUUUUAGCGCGAGUCGCCGCCAUUACACGGACGGCCCGAUCCAUUUGAGAUGUACUAAACGCGCAAGCGCAACUGUUGAACCAAUGGAAUUGACGCUUCCAGUGUAGACAGCAGCGCGACGCGACAACGGACCUUUCCAGUGUAGACGCCCUGAAAAAAGUCUUUCCUCUUUUCUAGUGAUGUGUGUGUGCAGGAGCUCGUGUUCGUGAUGAUGCAUCUCCAUUAAUGAUGGAUGACAUAAACAGAAGAGAGAGGAUCAGACACACACACAGAUACCUGGAUGAAGACAGCGGUCCUGUUGAACGAGCCACUAAAAGUCACAUCAGCACAGCAGAUGUUGUGCACGUUCCUCCUCCUCGACCCCUGCGUGUUCAGCCAGGAUGUAAAGGACCCGCCAUCAACAGAGAACUCAAACCCGGGAGACUGCCGAAAAGUGCAUCGGCUGGAAGACUGGAGUCCAUGGGAUCUGCUGACAGGGCCGUCACAGUCACACCGAGGCCGGUGAGAUCAUUACCCAGAGAUCACCUGAGUUUACCACCUCUGCCAGUACAGACCAUCACUGACUGUCCAAACCUGUUCGGCUCGUCUCCUCCGUCCAGACCGGCUCCAGUGUCGCCACAAACCAGAACACACAACAACAACAGACCCGCGUGGAUGCAAUCAGGUUCAUGUGAAACAGAGAAUCCUCAGGUUAAAACAACACAAUCUUCUGCAAGUCACACGUCUCACAGAUUUUCUCUGGAUCUGGAAUCUCAGGAUUUUGACAGUGUCUGUGAGGGAGACAGCAGCUCGUCUGAUAUACACACGCAGAAAGUGCAGCAUCACGAGUGGCCGCCGGUGAGAGGAGAAACCGGCGGCAGCUUCACCUGUCACAGUAAACCUGCGCAGGGAUUGGAGGAGCAGAACUGGUAUGUUGGAGCGGUUGGUCGCGUGGAGGCCGAACACGCUCUUCAUCUGGUCAACCGGGAAGGCGCUUUCCUAGUGCGCGACUGCUCAAAGAACACUACCUACGAGCCCUUGGUCCUCGCCGUGUUUUACGACAAAAGAGUUUUUAACAUUCAGAUCCGCUUCAGUGAGGAAAUCAGCAAAUACACUCUGGGAACGGGACUCAGAACCAACGACAGGUUCGAUUCGGUCACUGACAUCAUCAAGUUCCACUCCAUUUUCCCCAUCGUUCUCAUUGACGGACGCAAAACUUCUGCAGCGACCAAUCAGAGGAGACAGUGUGUCCUGAUGUACCCAAUCACAAAGCAGGACCUGACGGAGCUGCUGACUUGAGCAAAUACAUCAUACUGCAAUGUCUGCAGGACUUUUAACUGACCUUUUAACUUUAUAAGAGUACAAAAGUAAACCGCAUGGAUGUAAAUUAAUGAUAAAAGUCUCUAAAACAAAAAGGCAUGCUAAUUGCACUAGUCAAUAAAAAAAAUGCAUCACUAAUUGAUAAAAAAUGUUGAAUUUCAGCCCUGAAAAUACAACGCACUGAAAUACAAGCACUGUUUAUGCGAUGCAUGUGAUUUCAAUUAGUGCAAUUCAACAUGCUUUUUGUUUCAGACAUUUGUCAUUAAUUUACUUCCAUACAACAUAUAAAACAUCAUUCAUUUAAUAACGUGACUUUACAUGUGCAGUUGUAGUCGAGCUCCAGUGGAAUAUCUGAAGGAUUAAAUACAAGUCUCAUGAUCUGUCAUUCAGAGCGUGUCUGAUUAACCUGUAAAUGUGCCAAUCCAACUUAGAAAAAAAUAUUUAUAUGACAUUUUAAAAAGACAAAUUACUGCUUUAGUCCGACUGAACUCACUGUGAACACACUGUUUGGCUGAAUGCAGACGCACACAACAACUGUUUUUGCAUAUGCUUUUAAUCCAUUUAAAUUUUCAUUCAAUCACACUUUACAUUGUUUGGCCUUUAUGAAUAAUUUAAAAAUAGAUAUUACACUUCUGAAGCCUUGAAACAAUAUUCAGCACAUAAAACUCAUGACAUAUUUAGUUUCUUCUUGAACAGUUUGACUUUAAUAACGGACAGAUGCCCUAAAAUGCAAAUUAAGCUGUAACUUUACACAACUUAAACGGUAAUAAAAGGAAACGGAGA